GAUAACGCGUGCAUCUACGCCGCCGCCAUAGGUGUUCCGUACGGACGUAUUGCCGACAGUGCUGUGCAGCGAGCCGCAUAGCCGUGCGCUCCUAGAGGAUUCCGUCAUUCGAGGUUAUAUUUCUUCAUCCUGCACAACGGCUGCGGCAGAUACACGGACACACGCGAACGAACGAACCUUUCCGAGCCGCCGCCGCCGCCGCCGCCGACCAUGGGCACCUUCAUGGGGCACGUGAUACCCGGCUCGUUCUUUCUCGUCUUCGGCACGUGGUGGACGAGUCAGAUCGCCUACAGGUACGCGCGGGCACAGGCGCGCCGUGGCCUGCCAUACCGCAGCAGCGUCACAUUCCCGUGUCCGGGAUGCCUGCGGAGCGUUCCCGUCGAAGCCAUCCUCAAGGUCGUGCUCUGCUCCAUCGGGAUAGCGGGCGAGGUGGUCACAGGUUUCCGCGACGGGAAGUUCGUGAACUAUGGCAAUGCGCAGCACUCCGUCAUGUUCCUCCUCUUCGGCCUGACGGGCGUCGUCGACGUCGCGCUGCACUACCACCGGGGGGCGCCGCCAGGCAUCGACUACGCGGCCGGCGCACUGGCGUUCACCGUCGAGGGCCUGCUCUUCGUGCAGCACCUGCACGGCCGCACGCCGCUCGACCGCCAGCUGCACGAGCUGCUCUACUGCACCAUCUUCGCGUGCGCGGUGAGCGUCGUCGCUGAGGCGCGGCGACGGCGCAGCGCCGUGGCCGCUCUCUCACGCGCCUACUUCACGCUGCUGCAGGGCAGUUGGUUCAUGCAGGCGGCCGUCGUGCUGUACAGCCCGCUGCCCGGCGCCGUGCCGUGGGCCGCCGACGACCACACACAGAUGACGAUGGUGACGGUGAUCUUCGCAUGGCACUGCGUGGGCGUGCUCGUCUACAUGGCCGCCGUCUACGGAGCCGAGUUGACUAGACUGCAAGCAAGAUCUGAUCGUGCUGUGCACGUGAAGAGUUUUGGCGGCAGAAUGCAGAUGCAGAUUUAA